AUGUCUCUGGUGGAGACGAUUCGGCUGUGGCAAGAAGGGGUGUGCGCAGCGGAUGGGAAGGAGUGGAGGGCAGCCCUGGAUGCCUUCACGGCCGUCCAGAACCCCCCUGCCAAAAUCUGCUUUAACAUCGGCUGCAUCCACCUUGUUCUAGGGAAGCUGGCCGAGGCGGAGGAGGCAUUCACCCGGAGCAUCGGCUGGGACCAGCCCCUGGCGGCGGGCUUGGCUUAUUUCCAGCGGGGGAUCGUGUUUUACCGGAGGCAGAACCAUGGAAAGGCCAUUGAGGAUUUCCAAGAGGCGCUGGCCCAGCUGCGAGGCAACCAGCUCAUCGACUACAAGAUCCUGGGGUUGCGGUACAGGCUCUUUGCUUGUGAGAUACUCUACAACAUCGCGCUGGCGUACGCCACGAUGGAGGACUGGAAGAAGGCUGAGGAGCACCUUACACUGGCCAUGAGCAUGAAGAGCGAGGCCCAGCAUAACAAGAUCGACAGGGCCAUGGAAGCCAUCCUGAAGCAGAAGCUCUGCGAGCUGGUGGCCGUUCCCGCGGGGAAGCUGUUUAGACCAAACGAAAAGCAAGUGGCUCAGCUGGAGAAGAAGGACUACCUAGGAAAGGCUAUGGUGGUGGCAUCUGUGGUUGACAAGGACAAUUUUUCAGGCUUUGCUCCACUCCAACCACAGGCCUCUGGUCCUCCGCCCAGGCCCAAGACCCCAGAAAUCCUCAGGGCCCUCGAAGGGCAGCCGCACCGCGUCCUGUACGAGUUCAUCCCCGAGACCACCGAGGAGCUGCAGGUCCUGCCGGGAAACAUUGUCUUUGUCCUGAAGAAAGAGAAGGACAACUGGGCUACGGUGAUGUUCAACGGAAAGAAAGGGAUCGUCCCCUGCAACUACCUGGAGCCUGUGGAGCUCCAGAACAAGCUGUAUAUCCAGGAAGAAACUCCUCUCGAAGCCAAGAUCCCAGAGUCACCCAGCUCCACCGCUCCAGAGAAGCCGCGGCGGCCAGCACCAGACUACGCUCCUGCGAAACAGCCAAGAGACGCAGCAAAGGAGGACAAAGCAGCCGUCUCCGGCCCCCACAUCCUCAAAGUGCACUACAAAUACACGGUUGCCCUGCAAGUCAAGCCAGGUCUCUCCUACACGGAGCUCCUGGACCAGGUUUGCAAGAAACUGGAGCUCCAGCCCGAGCACACGCAGCUGAGGUACAAGCCCGUGGAGAGCCACGCGCCGGUGACUCUGAGAGCGGAGAACCUGGAGACGGCUUGGAGCCAGCGCAAGGACAACUGUCUGACAGUCUGGUGCGACAUCACGGAGGGAGAGGGGUUUUUACCAGACAGCAAACCAGAGGAGUCGCCGCAGGAGGCAACGCUAGAGCAAACGGGACCAACCCAAGUUGUUGCGCAGUACAACUAUGAAGCCACCCAACCUGAAGACCUGGAGUUUCAAGCAGGAGACGUGAUCCUUGUUUUAUCCAAAGUGAAUGAAGACUGGUUAGAAGGCCAGUGCAACGGGAAGAUAGGCAUCUUUCCAUCCGCUUUCGUUCAAAAGUCUAACACUAAAGACUCAGAGACAUGA